AUGGGUCUCGGUAUCCUUGACGAUACUCAUCUCCAGCAUGUCCCUGGCACUGCUCCAUUGACAGAUUUAGGCCGCGAUACAUCUGCCCUAAAACACGGCACCGGUCGUAACAAAGAUAUUGUUCUUGUUCCUCAGCCAUCCGAAUCUCCACGUGACCCUCUCAACUGGCCCCAAUGGAAGAAAGAGCUUCUCUUGGUAAUAAUCAGUAUCGACACUGCAGUCGUUGGAGCCUGGGGUCCUAUGAUCUCGCCCGGCUUCGCAGAGAUGGCUGUGCAAUUCAACAUGUCAUACAAUGAGCUGAAUAGAGGUCUGGGAUGGGCUAUCUUUGCAAUUGGUAUAUCCUGCUUCAUUACGAAUGCUCUUUCAGUCAAAUACGGACGCCGACCCGUCAUGAUUAUGGGAAACCUGUUUCUUUUCAUCUCCAGUGUAUGGGCCUACCACGCAAACACUUACGAAUCGCUACUUGCAAGCCGAGUAUUUGGAGCGAUUGGUAUGAGCCCGUUCGAAGUCUUGACGACAGCGAUUAUUGGAGACAUAUAUUAUGUUCAUGAACGCGGGCUUCGCCUCGCGCUCUGGGGCCUGUGUCUCUCAGUCGGCGUUGGCGGGGGCUCUUGUAUAUCUGGAUACAUCAUUCAGAACCUUGGCUGGAACUGGACCUAUGGCAUCUGCGCCUGCUUCUACGGCGUUUUCAUCAUUUUGAUCUUCUUUUUCGUACCCGAAACUGUGUACAAGCGCGACCCAGCAUACAACCUCGAUCUUGGAACGACCGAUCAUACCGAAGAAUUCCUUGACGCGCAAAUCGUCGUCGGCGAAGAGCCUAAGGAUGCAGUAACCAAGACGGAGAAUGUAGUUCGUCACGAACCACUGUAUACUGGCGCAGACGAGAAACCAUACACGUUCUGGCAAGAGCUGCUUCCAGUUCGAGGCGUCGAGUCCGAUGAGAAUCUGAUUGGUAUAAUUUUCCGACCCUUCGGCAUGCUGCUAUUCCCACAAGUUCUUUACGGUUUCAUCACCUACGGUCUCUCUACAUCCUGGCUCGUGGUCAUGAUUUCAGUGCUGGCGCAGCUGUUCACCGUUCCUCCCUAUAAUUUUUCGGUCUCGGCUGUGGGAUUGAUCAGUAUCGCACCGCUCAUUGCAUCAUUCCUCGGGUUCAUGGCCGGACCUUUGAACGAUUGGACAGUCAAGGCGCUUGCGCGUCGGAACAAUGGAAUCUAUGAACCUGAGUUCCGGCUGGCAUUGAAUGUGCUGACGUUGGUGCUGGGCAUCGCGGGAUUCUUCGGAUUCGGUGCGUGCUUGGAGAAUAAGACGUCGUGGCCAGGUCCCGUGUUCCUGUACGGCGUCAUCUACUUCGCCAUGUCGUUCUUAAAUAUUGGCAUCUACGGCUACAUCACCGAGUGCCACCGCUCCAAAGCUCCAGAGGCUUUCGCAUCACUCAACUUGCGAAACAUCUACUCUUUUGGGAUGAACUACUUCAUCAGUGCUUGGAUAACGAACCAGGGGCCUUUGCAAGUCUUCUCGAUCAUCGGCGGCCUGCAUAUUUUCAUUUGUUUGUUGACGAUUCCGAUGUGGAUAUUCGGGAAGAGAUGCAGGAGUAUGACUGCGAGAGUUACGUUCUUCAGGAAGAUGCAGGGAUUGUGAUAUCGACCUCGGAUGUAUCAAUGGUCACAUGUGACAAAAAACGAGUUGUGAUGAGAUGAAAGUAGACUCAAUUAGGAUGAGGAUCAAGAUUGAACGUAAAUGAAGUGUAUACCUCGCACCUACAUUUCCAGAUGGCCGCUUGAUAUGUUGAAAUGUGGAGAGGAAGGCCAUGAGGAUCAGAUCGUGAGUUUCGAAAGUGGCAGGCUGUGAAACGGUGACUGACCGAAGAAGGCUGAGCAGCACUCGACUCUUGCCAAGUGAAAGGAAGGAAGGACCUCAGCCGCCGCCAGGAGUACGAGGCAGGCGGACAGAAAAGGGGAGGUGGAGAGGCGAUCUUGG